GGCAAGGAGGGAGACAGCAGUGGCGAGCCUGGUAGUGGGUGAGGGAACAGGGCCUAACGAGGAGGUUUACACUGUACACUGAGCAGAGCACAGUCUAGUAUGGUGGACAUCACAGACUGUUACAUGGCAUCGCUAUAGAAUGUGAGGGAGUCCACCAGCCUCCGCCAUGGGGUGUGCCUCCUCCAACACAGUCAGCCGCAAGGAGAUGACCAAGUCAGAGAAAGCUAUCAAAGCAGCAAUCUUGAUACAGAAGUGGUACCGGCAAUAUACAGCUCGACUAGAGGCUCGCAGGAGAUGCACCUGGAACAUUUUUCAGAACAUAGAGUAUUAUGGGGAACAGAACCAGCUGAAGUUGUACAACUUCUUCAACAGCAUGCUGUCCGAGUUUGAUGGGAAAGACACUAUUCAGCCAAAGAUAUUACACGCCUUCAGUCCAACCCAUCAUCCUACUAUAUAUGACACAACUGCUGAGGAAGAUGAUGAGCUGCAUGAACUGACGAACCCUGACACUAUUGCCAUCGAGCCCAACUACAACGGUCCUCAUUUGUCAUUUCCACUCACAAGUAUCCAAGUGAAAGGACUGAUAAAGGCAUUCAAGACCAAACAGCAACUCCAUGUCAAAUACCUGCUGAUGUUGUUACAUGAGGCCAGACGGAUCCUCAAAAAGAGAGGGAACAUCAACUAUGCAACCACAUCUAUCUCCAAGCAGAUCACAGUGUGUGGCGAUCUCCAUGGCAAGUUGGAUGACCUAUACAUGAUCUUCCAUAAGAAUGGCCUGCCAUCAGUGGACAAUCCAUAUGUGUUUAAUGGGGAUUUUGUUGACCGAGGCCCCACAUCAGUAGAAGUUGCAACAAUUCUAUUUGCAAGUUUUGUUGUGUAUCCCAACGAGGUGUAUUUGAACAGAGGCAAUCACGAAGACCACAUCAUGAACAUGAGAUACGGUUUUAUUAAAGAAGUCAUGAGAAAAUACAAACACCAUGCAGACAAAGCUAUCAAAAUGUUUGAAGAGAUCUUCAGCUGGUUGCCAUUAGCAACAGUGAUUGACGAUAAAGUUUUGGUAGUGCAUGGUGGGAUAUCCGAACAAGUCAACUUGGAGGCCCUUGACCACAUCGACAGACACAAGUUUCUGUCUGUGCUGCGUCCACCUGGCCCCACCGACCUCCACAGUGUGGACAGCAUGUCCCUGGAGCUGAAGGAACUGGAGGAGUGGAAACAGGUUUUAGACCUUCUGUGGAGUGACCCCCGGCCUCUCCCAGGCUGUCUACCCAACACAUUCCGGGGAGGGGGGUGCUACUUUGGACCAGACACUACACGCAAGGUGCUGGACAAGCACAACCUCAAGAUGCUCAUACGAAGUCAUGAAUGCAAGAUUGAAGGCUUUGAGUAUAUGCAUAAUGGAAGGGUGCUGACAAUAUUCUCUGCUUCCAACUACUACGACAUCGGCAGCAACAAGGGAGCGUACGUGAAGCUGCUGGGGGACAGCCUCCAGUGUCACAUCAGCCAAUAUGUCAGCACAGCUUCCACUGGACUCCGCAAGAUCACAUUCACUCAGAGGAUCAGCUCGCUGGAGGCCUCAGCCCUACACGACCUGAGGGAGAAGAUCCUGGCCCUCAAAUCAGACCUGAUGGAGCAGUUCCAGAAGCAUGACAUAAAAGUCACAGGUAGGAUAUCCAUGUGUGACUGGUGUUCUUCUAUGGAGGAGGUGGUGGAGGUAGAUGUCCCGUGGCGGAUGCUCAAGCCCAAGAUGGUGAAGACGGACCAGGAUGGCAUGGUGUUGUACAAGUCCAUGUUUGAGGAGCUUCAAGUACAACACAGAUACAGCAAUCACAACAGCCCCACCUUGACCGAGAUGCUGUAUCGCCACAAGGACAGCCUGGAGACCAUCUUCCGAAUGUUUGAUCGAGACAACUCUGGCUACAUCUCAAUGGAGGAGUUUGAGGAGGCCUGCAGCAUCCUCACUCGACACACCAGCAUGCAGCUGCAGCCUCAGCAUAUCGCAGACAUUGCCAAAAGUCUCGAUCUUAAUGGAGAUGGAAAAAUAGACUUUAAUGAGUUUCUGGAAGCAUUUCGAAUUGUUGAUGCUCAAGGAAAAGAGAAGAAUACGAUUCGACGACCAAGUUUAAAUGGUGAUGAAAUCAGUGAAGAGCUCUUGAGUGACCAGGAUGAAAUAAGCUUGGUCAGUAAAACAGACUCCCAGAUGAACCUGAGAGUGACGAGGAAAACUGACUCUCAGAUAACCCUAAACAGUGCCAUGGGAAUCAAACGGCUGUCUAGAUAGAC